AUUUCUGUUAAUUAUUUUAGAAAUUCACUAAAAAGAAGGCACAAACUUGGUCAACGUCACCUAAAAUGGGGUGUUAUAAGUAAACCGGCAAUACUUUUUUUUUUCAGUUCUUCAUGUUGUUGCCUACACGCCAUUGUCUUUCUAAAACAACACGUCGUUUCUUUUCAAACAAACAAGGUUUUGAUAGUCUUGUGCUUGGUGCUUAUUCAUCCAAACAGCCUGUAUUGACUCUACCUUCUAUUUCUCGAGAAACAACCGAGCUUAUUCAACGACAACUUGGCUUGAGUCAGUUUAAGAAGCGUGGUGAUACACGCGUAUUCUACAAUAUAGGUGGUGUUCAACAAGUGGCUGUUGUCUCUCUUGGUGAAAAACCGCCCCUGAAUAAGCAAGAGCAACAAGAACAUGUUCGCUUGGCUACAGCAAUCGGUGUACAAACCCUUCAAAAGCAAGGUGCUUUAUAUACAGGCGUCGAUGUUUCAGUUGAUGUUCAAGGUGCUGCAGAAGGCGCUGUCUUGGCUCAGUUUUCAUUUGAUAAAUUAAAGCAGAAAAAGGAGCUUCAGGAAAAGACGGUUGAACCUUAUUUCGUCGAGGAUCAUGCGACUCUGCAAACCGCAUGGGAAACAGGACAGAUCUGUGGUGCCUCACAAAAUGUGGCUCGUAUGCUGAUGACUUCGCCUGCUAAUUUAAUGACGCCUAAGCUGUUUGCAGAUGAAGUGGCCUAUUUAUUAGCAGGGCUAGAAAACAUUGAUGUUAAAGUCCAUGAUGAAGAAUGGGUAUCAAAGCAGAAAAUGAAUGCCUUUUUAUCUGUUGCUAAAGGAAGUAAGGAACCAUUGAGAUUCUUGGAGAUUCAUUAUAAUGGAGCCAGAGACAAGCAUGAAAAACCAUUUGGCCUGGUAGGCAAAGGCAUCACAUUUGAUUCAGGAGGUAUUUCGCUGAAGCCUUCUGCCAACAUGGCUUUGAUGAAGGGAGAUAUGGGUGGUGCUGCUACAGUGGCGGGUGCGUUGUACGGUAUAUCUAAAUUAAAAUUACCUGUGAAUAUUGUGUCUAUCAUUCCCCUAUGUGAGAACAUGCCUUCAGGCAAUGCAACUAAACCGGGUGAUGUAGUCAAAGCCAUGAAUGGUAAAUCCAUUGAAGUCUUGAAUACAGAUGCUGAAGGCAGAUUGAUUUUGGCAGAUGCAUUGCAUUAUCUUUCCUCUCAGUUCCGACCCCAACAUAUCAUUGAUUUAGCCACACUCACAGGUGCAAUGGAUGUAGCUUUAGGCCAAGUCUUUGCAGGCGUAUUUACACAAUCAGAUACACUUUGGCAACAAUUGGAAAAAGCAGGUCAAACAGUAUCAGAUCCCUUUUGGCGUAUGCCUCUUCAUCCACACUAUACAAAGGACAUGAAAAAGUCUCUGGUUGCCGAUAUAAGUAAUGUAGGAUCACGUCGUUCAGGUGGAUCUUGUGCUGCAGCAGGCUUUUUACAAGAAUUCGUGGAUCCAGACAUUCCUUGGGCACAUAUCGAUAUUGCUGGCGUCAUGGAAUGUCAUGCUACAGAAGGUCAUCAUAUCAAAGGCAUGAGUGGUCGACCUACAAGAGCAUUGAUUGAGUUAAUGAGAAACAUGAAAUAAAAACCUGAAUAUCAAAAACAAAAGUCAAAAGUAGAAUGGAGCCUAAAGUAGACACUACAUAUGAUUUGAUUGAAAACAGUGAUACGCUUUAACCACAAGUUGAUUUCAAAAUGAAAUGCGCAUACUGAAUAAAAUUCUAUGUGAUUCUAAAGCUAUCAAAAUAAAAGCUAUUUCAUUUUGAAGAUCAUUCUUAUUUUGAAGACAAUACAAACAAAUACUUAAUG